CUCUCCUGAUUUUAAUGCUAGUAUCUUGCUAGCAUGCUUAUAUAUAUGGGGUUGUAGAGUUAGCAUUUUACUUGCAUUUAUAAGAGAAAGGGGUUAUUGGAGUCCAUAAAUUUCACAUAGCUCUACUUCGUUCUUAAGAUUGAUAAUCUUGAGCAAAGAGAUCAAUGUUAGCUCGCGUGUGGUUUAGGUUUUCAUGAAAUUAUGUACUCUUGAGUUCAUGAUGAGCUAGCCUUAAUUUCAUAUGUUAUGGUUGUGAUCUUGAACCCUUCAUUCCCUCGAACACAAGUAUUUGAUCAAUUUAGCAAAUUGUUAGCUCCAAUUAAAUCGACAGUAUGUCCUGACAUAAGGGGUAUUUAGCGACGACAUCUGUCGCCCCUAUGCCUUGUUUUCUUGUAGUGAUUAUCUGCGAAUCGAUAUAUUGCAUUCAUUAUAAACUAAAUAAAUGGUUUUAAACUUCAGUAUGGUCUUCAUAAAAAAUACUCUAUAUAUUCUGAUCAAUCUUGGUUGGAAUCAGUUUGAUCAACCCCAUUGCACCAACCACAAAAACUUUGUUAUUUCUGAUUUAUAUUAUCCUUGAAUUUGAAACAUUCUAACCGUCAUUUAACCAAUUAACUAGGUACUGUAGUGAAUUGUUACAUUGAGCCCGCAAAAGGUUCAUUACGUUGCACUUGAAAGUUUCAAACACUUGCUCUCCCAAGUUCUACCCUCUUCAUGUACGCUUGAUAGAUCGAAUUAGAACGAUAAAUGAUAAUUAUUAUUUACAUAUAUAACGUAGUCGAUACAUCAAUCAUUAGAUGCAUGAAUUCAAAAUUUGCAGUGUGAUCAUAGUAGUUCCUAAACUAAAUCCAUCAAUCAAACCAAACUGGAUGGCAGGUUGAAAUUUUCGUAAAAACAAAGAAAAAGAGAUAUGAACACAUUUUCACAUGUACCUCCUGGCUUUCGGUUCCACCCCACUGAUGAAGAGCUUGUAGAUUACUACUUAAGGAAGAAGAUCAACUCAAGAAGGAUUGACCUAGAUGUCAUCAGAGAUAUUGAUCUUUACAAAAUUGAGCCAUGGGAUCUGCAAGAGCUAUGUAGGCUGGGUACCGAAGAGCAACACGAAUGGUAUUUCUUUAGUCAUAAAGAUAAGAAAUAUCCAACUGGAACCCGAACGAAUAGAGCUACAACAGCAGGAUUCUGGAAGGCUACGGGAAGAGACAAGGCGAUUUACUCGAAGCAUGACUUGGUUGGGAUGAGAAAGACAUUGGUUUUCUAUAAGGGCCGUGCUCCCAACGGACAAAAAUCAGAUUGGAUAAUGCACGAGUAUCGGCUUGAAACGGAUGAAAACGCAACCACAACUCAGGAAGAGGGGUGGGUGGUAUGUAGGGUAUUCAAGAAAAGAUUACCCACAAUGAGGAGAGCAAGUGAACAUGAAUCACCAAUUUGGUAUGAAGAUCAUCAAGUCUCAUUCAUGCCAGAUAUUGAUUCACCAAACCAAAACAAUUCUUUAUCUCACUCUCACUUGGUGAACCCUAAUUACCAAUACCCUUAUGGGUCUUGCAAGAAAGAGCUAGACCAGAUGCAAAAUUACCAGAUUACCCCUGAUCAUUUCCUCCAACUUCCUCUUUUGGAGAGUCCAAAACUACUCCCUACUUUCAAUGCUUCCAUGCCCAUUUAUGGUAUUAACACAAACCAAGCCGGAGUUAUCAACUAUCAACCACCUUCACUCACACAUGACGAAAACAACAGCAAUAGUCAUCCAAAUCAAGAUCAAAAUGUCAACAAUCAAGUGACCGAUUGGCGAGUUCUUGACAAGUUUGUUGCAUCACAGCUACUUAGCCAGGGUGACGUCAUUUCAACUAAAGAAGAUCAUUUUGCAAAUAUGGAUGAUAACAUCUUGCAGUCGCAUGAUGAUCAUGAAAGAUCAAACUCUGGGCUCAUUAAACAUCAGAACAAGCAAGAACUCGAAAUGCCAGGGGUACUGCCAGAUCAAGAUGCCUCAAAUUCUACCUCCAGUUGUCCAAUUGAUCUGUGGAAAUAAAAGAAAAGGUCGUUUUCAAAGUCAUUAAAUGGAAGUAUAGAAGCAAAUUUCAAUUGUUAUUGUACAUAAUAAAGAAUUUAAGUGCUUAUAUACAUGUAACCCUAUAUAUUAAAGUUUAUACAUUGUCAAUUAGACUAUAUAUACGGAAUGCCCCUUAAUAUUAUUGUCAGUUAAGCUAAAUAUUAAUGAGGAUUGUAUAUGUUAUAACUAAAAAAUCAAGGGAUUGUUUAGUUAUCAGUAUUGUAGCCUUGUAGGAAUGGGAGUGUU